GUUCGACAUCAAAAUCCAGGGUCACCAUGAAUUUCCAGGGUUGAGCGUUUUUCAUUGAGAGCACGGACAGAGAUUCCAAGGACUUGCACCUGGGUCGUCUUUCCUUCACCACGGACCUUAUCUGGCUAGCGCGGACGUGCCUUCCCCCCAGCCGAACAAGCAGCUUCAAUCCUCACAAUGUCAGACGACGAAGUUGAUCAUGAGCUUCUGGAUCUACUGCGGAGGCGAUUUGGCAUUGGUGUGAGAGAUGAAGGUCCUCCGGAAACCAAAGUUCUUCAGGCUGCCGAGUUCAUCUAUGACAACAGUAUCGAUGUGGCCUUGGACAUGCGCUCGACCAAAGUUGCCGCCCAACUAGUCCUGGAAGAAAUGGAGAAGAGAGAUUACAGCACUAGGACAUGGUCGUCCCAUGAGCUGCAUCCCAAAGCUAAGGAUGAGAGCACCGUCAACUUCAUCUUUACUAUGGACCUAUUGAACUUCAGCUUCUGGAGUGAGAGGGCAGAGGAGGAACGAUUUGCUGUUCAGUACAAAGAGAAGAAAUGGACGGGAUAUUGUGGCUUGGUGGCUGUGCUGCAAAGAGCGAUAGACGAAGACAUUCCCAUCACCUCACCUGAGUUCUGGAUCGAUGAGAAGUGCACAGAUGAGGUGCUCAAGAGGGUGUUUCGAUCAGUGAAUGAUGAGGAGCCGCCAAUGUUCGGAGAGCGAAUACGGUGUUUGAGAGAAGCUGGACGAGUGCUAGACGAAGAGUUCGACGGCAGCAUUGUCUCGCUGAUCGAAGAUGCUAAGUACUCAGCAGCCGGCCUUGUGAACCUCCUUGCCGAGAAGUUCACCUGUUUCGCAGACGAAGGUACUUUCGAGCGCAAGAAGGUACGCUUCCUCAAGCGUGCACAGAUUUUCGUCGCCGACCUGUGGGCUGCGUUCGACGGUGAAAGCUAUGGGGAAUUCAACGACAUUGACAAGAUCACCAUGUUUGCAGACUAUCGGGUCCCGCAGAUACUGCAUUCUCUCGGUGUAUUGUGGUUCUGUCCUUCAUUGGAGGCCAAGAUCAGACGUCUGGAGAUCAUAGAGAGUGGGCACACUUGGGAGAUGCAAAUCAGAGGCUGCAGUAUAUGGGCUGUCGAGCUUCUCCGCCGUGAAAUUUUGCUAUUCAAGCCGGAGGCGAAGGUCAAUGCGAUUCUUAUCGACUUCUUCCUCUACGACUUGGCGAAGGAAAGGGAGAAGGAAGGCGUCGAAACUAUACCACACCAUAGAACACGGAGCAUUUGGUAUUGAUUAGAAAUCUUCCUGUCUCACGUAUUGCGAACUACAGAUAUGACAAGAUCUACUUAGAGACUCAGAGACUACAAACCAUGGAGAAGACGAACAGUGAUGAAUACAUCGGCUAUGCUAGAGCCUAGAGCCUCAGGUGACACCGUCAAUGGUAGGGGUGGCGAGUUAAUAUGUAUCAUUGCAUUUGAUCUAGACUGUUACCAGGAUAAAUCACGGGAUGCCAAC